AUGGGCGUGUUCGUUGGAGAUGCGCAAAUGGGAGGGGGAGGGAAACGGAAGUGGGAGCAUCAACCUGUCCCUUUGGACCCCCAGGUCCGCUCCCGACUCUCUGUGGGAAUCCGCCUCGAACUUGUUCUUGACGGCAGUUGUGAGAACCACGGCAUAGCUCAGCUCGAGAUGUCGACGAACGAUACAUUUUACCUUCGUUACUACUCAGGUCACUCUGGGCGCUUCGGUCACGAGUUUCUUGAAUUUGACUUCCGAACUAUUGCCGACGGUACCAGUGCUGCAGUACGAUAUGCGAAUAACUCCAACUACCGCAAUGAUUCCCUCAUCCGCAAAGAGAUGUGUGUGAGCUCGGCUAUAAUUGAGGAGAUCAAGCACAUCAUCAAGCAAAGUGAAGUUCUCAAGGAGGACGACUCUAAAUGGCCUAAGAAGAACAAGGAUGGCCGUCAAGAACUGGAAAUUCGACUGGGUGGUGAACACAUUUCCUUUGAGACUGCGAAGAUCGGCUCUUUGGUCGAUGUAGCCGAAUCGGACGACCCAGAGGGACUUCGGGUCUUCUAUUAUCUGGUGCAGGAUCUGAAGGCACUUGUCUUCUCAUUGAUUUCUCUCCACUUUAAGCAGGAGAAUUAUGGCGGUGAGAUGCGACGUCGUCUCAGGAUCCAAGUCAGCAUGCCGGCGUUGACAGAGAUGUUGAUGCAUUAUGUACGUGCUGUGUACAUGGAGCCGAUAGUGAUGGAAAAGGCUCUCGUGACGUGA